UCUCACAAAAAAAAUUUCUAUUUUUCAUUUGCAUUUCACGCACUGAAAUUCUUACAACUUUUUUAUAAAUUAUUACUCACAAAAUACACAAAUAUAUUAAAAACACUAUAAAUUACUAAACAAAACAAAUAAAAUCUAUACAAAAUGGGUAAAGGAUUCAACAAUUACAUGUGUAAAAAAUUCUUCCAUCCAGCUUCUAGAGAUAAUCUCAAAAGGGUAUGGAUGGCCGAACAACAAGCCGAUGCAUAUAAAAAAAAACAAGAAGAACUUCGCAAUCAAUAUGAAAAAGAACAAAAUCUCCACGAAAACAAAGCAAUGCUUAGCAAAGAAAGUAAAGACAAAUUGAGUGUGAAUUUUAUGUAUGAACCACCUCCGGGAGUUCGCAAGGAGCGCGAAAAAGAUGACAACGAACCCGAAUACAAAUUCGAAUGGCAACGUAAGUAUAAUGCACCUCGUGAAAGUUAUUGCAAAGGUGACACUGAAAUUAGGGAUCAACCAUUUGGAAUACAAGUGCGAAAUGUUCGUUGUAUAAAAUGUCACAAAUGGGGACAUAUUAACACGGAUAAAGAAUGUACAAUGUAUAGCAUUUCAAUGAGUGAAGCUCGUAAGAUUCACUCGGAACAAGAAGCAAAUGAAUUAAUGUCAAAGAAUGUUUUGGAGGAACAAAUGAAAGAAGAUGGUUUGGCAAUGAAAAAGAGUGCAAUGGAAUUGCAAAAUAUCAAUCAAAUGGAUUCAAGGCAUAAAUUGAUUCCAAGUGAUGAUGAAAAUGAAAUGAAAAAUCCAGAAAUAACAUUUUUAAAGUCGCUGAGUAAAGAACAAAAGAAGAAACUUUUAAAAAAGUUGGAAAAAAUUGAAAAAAUUAAAAGAAAGAAGAAAAAGAGUAAACGUUCACAUUCUUCUUCAUCAUCGUCAUCAUCAGAAUCGACUGAAAAAAAACGAAAAAAAUCAUCAAAAUCGUUGUCGAAAAAGUCUAAGCACAAAUCUAGCAAGAAAGCAGAAUCAAGUUCAGAUUCAAGUAGCAGUUCUUCAUCAUCGGAAGAUGAAAAAGAAGAAGACAAUCAUCGUAGAGAAAAUAAAAACAAUCGUAAUGAAAGGAAGGAGCAACGUGAGCAGCAGAGAUCAUCGAGAGGUAGAAGAGAUCGAGAUCGUUCUCGAUCUCGUGGGAGGAGAGCUGAUUCACAUGAGCGCAAUGGGAAUGGAAGAACAACAAAGUCCAAGGACACACGUCGCGAUAGGAGAUAGAUAAAUUCAUUAUAAAUUAGCUUUUUAAUAAAAAUUUGAAUGUCACCUUUUUUAUAUAUUUAUCUUAAA